UCUAUCACAUGUUGGGCAUUUCCGCUCCAACCGGAAGUAUUUCUUCGUCUCUUGUUAACCUGCGGAGCGCGUCUGUCGCGUUGCUAAUUCUGAAAGUUGAUAAAUGUGAGCGUCUCCCGUCCGUGUUUCUGUCGGCUGGUUGGAACAGAGAGAGCGAGCGAUGGCCGGUCCAGAGCUCCUGCUGGACUCCAGCAUUCGGAUGUGGGUCGUCCUGCCCAUCGUCUUCAUCACCUUCUUUGUCGGGAUCAUCCGUCACUACGUCACUCAGCUGCUCCACAGUGACAAGAAGAUCGACCUGGAGCAGGUCUCUGACAGCCAGGUGCUCCUGCGCAGCCGCAUCCUGCGAGAGAACGGAAAGUAUAUCCCCCGACAGUCGUUCGCUAUGAGGAAACAUUACUUCAACAACGCAGAGACCGGCUUCUUCAAGAAGGUCAAGAGGAAAGUCGUCCCCAAGAACCCCAUGACAGACACCAGCAUGUUGACGGACAUGAUGAAGGGGAAUCUGACCAACGUUCUGCCGAUGAUUGUGAUUGGUGGAUGGAUCAACUGGGCUUUCUCUGGAUUCGUCAUUACCAAGGUGCCGUUCCCUCUGACUCUGAGGUUCAAGCCGAUGUUGCAGCGAGGGAUCGACCUGCUGUCGCUGGACGCCUCCUGGGUGAGCUCUGCGUCCUGGUACUUCCUGAAUGUGUUUGGACUGAGGAGCAUGUACAGCCUCAUACUGGGACAAGACAACGCUGCUGACCAGUCGCGCAUCAUGCAGGACCAGAUGACAGGCGCUGCCAUGGCGAUGCCCCCUGACCCCAACAAGGCUUUUAAGAGCGAGUGGGAGGCGCUGGAGAUCGUGGAACACAAGUGGGCUCUGGAGAACGUGGAGGAGGAGCUGAUGUCCAGAGACCUCAACUUCGGAACCUUCUUCAGCCAGGACAUCAAGUCCGCCAUGUUCUAGAAACGAGGACGAGGAGGACCCCGCCGGCUCCGGUAACGUCUGUGAAAAGGUUCCAGAACCUGCUCCGGAGGUUCUAGAGCUCAGGAUACACACACACGCCUUCGCUUCCUCAGACACUUUAUUCACUACGAGCCUUCACAUCUGAAGCGUCAAGUCUGGCAGAACGUCGCUGCUUCGGGAGAUUAUCACGACGGAUCCAAAGCAUGUACAGAACUCUACUCACCGUCACCGGGGAAAACAACGGAUCUCCAACACACCGGAGACGAGCUGCUGUUUGUAGCUUUGUGACGAAUCGUUCAGUGUCGUGUGUUCUGUGUUCUAGGAAAAAGCAGCUGCAGAUGAAUCCUCUCAGGAGGAAGAUACAGUCAGAGGAAAGUUUAAACAACAGCGAGCGUUCAUGUUUUUAUCCUGCAUGCACUUUUCUACAGCUGAUGAUGUCAUCAGAGCAACAGUUUAAUAAAAAGGUGCCAUCUCAA